AUGGAGACGAUAGAAAGCACAAGAAAGCUUACCACAGAAGAGCUGGCCUGCGAGCAACAUUUCGUAAAUACCAUAGAGCGGACGGCGGAGGGCAGGUUCAUGGCAUGCCUUCCCUUCAAGAAGCAAGUCAACCCUAAAUUUGAGAACACAAGAGGCAUCGCGCUCAAACGGCUACGCGGAUUAGAAAGAAGAUUUACACGUGAUCCGGCGUUAAAAAUACAAUACACACAAUUCUUGGACGAGUACCGAGCAUUAGGCUAUAUGAAACAAGUGACCAAUUGGAGCAAGGAUGAGCAAGAAGUUUUCUACUUACCUCAUCAUUGUGUGUUUAAAAAUACGGCAGAUCACUCCAAAAUUCGCGUGGUAUUUGAUGCGUCCUGCAAGGAUAGCACUGGAACAUCCUUCAACGAUACAUUCUUGACGGGUCCAGUCACCCAACAAGAUCUCAUGUUCAUUCUGCGAAUCUUAUGGAGAGACGACCGCACGGCAGAUGUAGAAACAUACGAAUUAACAACUGUCACAUACGGCACGUCGUCCGCAUCGUUUAUAGCAACAAGAUGUUUGAAACAGUUGGCAGAGACGUAUCACGGUAAACAUCCCGUGGCAGCAACCCACAUAAGAAGAGACUUUUAUAUGGACGAUCUGCUCACGGGUGCAGAUACAUUAGCUCAAGCAAGGACGGUGCGCGACGAGAUAAUUCAAUUGCUACGAGGAGGAGGUUUCGAGUUGAGCAAGUGGGCUUCUAACUGCCCCUAA